CGGGCUCAGAGACGAGGAUCUGAGUGUUCCCACUGGUCAGGAGCUUCAGACGGAGCUGAACACACAGGUCGUACGUGUGCAGGUCGUACGUGUGCAGGUCGUACGUGUGCAGGUCGUACGUGUGCAGCUCUUCAUCAGUCUCGCUCUAGUGGAGGUGAUGCGCUUGUUGUGUCGUUUUCACUGGUUCGGAGGAUCCAGAUCCGCCUCCUUCUCCUCACUGCUCCUUCCUCCUCCUGGGUCUUUAUCGUCGACCUCAUGACGUGGUUCUCAAAGGUUCUGGAGGAGCAGGUCCUGAGGUUUGUCCAACAGCAGCUGCAGAGGCUCCUCAGGCUCCUGGCCUCAGAUUACCCAGAAUGCUCCGAGAGUGAGGAGGAGGAGAGCAGAGAGGUUCUGAACAUCACCCUGGACUUCCUGAAGAGGAUGGACCAGGAACAUCUGGCCCAGCGCCUGAGAGACAGGAGUAAAGUUGGAUUCAGAGAUAAACUGAAGUGUGAUCUGCAGCAGAGGUUCAGUCGUGUGUUUGAGGGCGUGGCUAAAGCAGGAGACUCCGCCCCCCUGACCCAGAUCUACACAGAGCUCUACAUCACAGAGGGCGGAGCCUCAGAGGUCAACCAGGAACAUGAGGUCAGACACGUGGAGACGGCGUCCAGGAGACCGGCCGCUCCAGAGACCAUCACAUGUGAAGAGCUCUUUAAACCCCGCCCACAUUCACCACAGCCAAUCAGAUUAGUGCUGACGAAGGGCGUGGCCGGCGUGGGGAAAACAGUGCUGACUCAGAAGUUGAGUCUGGACUGGGCUGAAGGCCGGGCCCACCAGGACCUCCAGCUGCUGUUCCCCUUCACUUUCAGAGAUCUGAACGUGCUCAGAGACACACAGUUCAGCCUGGUGGAGCUGCUGCACCACUUCUUCAGUCCAUCCAAAGAUCUCUGCAGCUUCCAACAGCUCCAGGUGCUCUUCAUCUUUGACGGUCUGGACGAGUGCAGACUUCCUCUGGACUUCGGCCGAACCCGGGUCCUGAGCGACCCCACAGAGUCCGCCUCAGUGCACGUGCUGCUGGUGAACCUCAUCAGGGGGAGCCUGCUUCCCUCCGCUCUCCUCUGGAUAACCACGCGCCCCGCCGCGGCCAAUCAGAUCCCUGCUGAGUGCGUCUCCAUGGUGACAGAGGUGCGAGGGUUCGCCGACCCGCAGAAGGAGCAGUACUUCAGGAAGAGGUUCAGAGACCAGGCCACGGUCGUCAUCUCCCACAUCAAGAGCGUCCGCAGCCUCCACAUCAUGAGCCACAUCCCGAUCUUCUGCUGGAUCCUCUCCAAAGUUCUACAGAAGCUUCUGGAACAAAACAGAACCAGAGCUGCCCCGGACUCUCACACAGAUGUACGUCCACUUCCUGGUGGUGCAGGCCAAAGUCCAGAACAUCAAGUAUCAGCAGGGAUCAGGGGAGGACCUUCACUGGACUCCAGAGACCAGGGAGAUGGUGAAGUCUCUGGGAAAAGUGGCCUUUGAGCAGCUGCAGAAAGGAAACCUGAUCUUCUACGAGAGUGACCUGAGCGAGUGUGGGCUGGACGCUGCAGCGGCCUCAGUGUACUCCGGAGUGUUCACACAGGUCUUUAGAGAGGAGCCAGGCCUGUACCAGGACAAGGUCUACUGCUUCAUCCAUCUGAGUGUGCAGGAGUUUCUGGCUGCUCUUCACGUCCAUCAGACCUUCCACAGCUCUGGAGAGAACCUGCUGGAGACACACCACACUCCUCUGAGAGUCCAGACCCUGAGGCCUUCUACCGCUCUGCUGUGGACCAGGCCUUACAGAGUCCAAACGGACACCUGGACCUGUUCCUGCGCUUCCUCCUGGGGCUGUCUCUGCCGACCAAUCAGAAGCUGCUGCAGGGUCUGCUGACUCACACAGGAAGUGACCCGACCAAUCAGGAGACAGUAAAGUUCAUCAAACAGAAGCUGGAUGAAGAGGGUCUGUCUGCAGAGAGAAGUCUGAACCUGUUCCACUGUCUGAACGAGCUCAACGACCAAAGUCUGGUGCAGGAGAUACAGAAGAACA